GCUGGAGAGUGGAUAUGCCGGGGGUCGUUCGCAUCCUCUCUCUGCUGCUGGUGUCCCUGCUGCUGGGCACUGCGCGCGGCUUGCGUGCGGACCUGAGCUGGAACCCUCUCCUUGGCCAUUGUCUUUUCUAAGGACCUCACCUUCCAGAGCCCAGCUGCACCGAACUGCCAGGGGACCCUCUUAGGAGCAGACGCAAUGGUGAUCUUCAGGCAGCUGCCCCUGGGCGUGAAGGCUGCCCUGGCCGCCGGCACUGUGUUCGUGUCCAUGAUAAUCUCGCGCUCCUAUCUGUCUGAGAGCCUUGAGCUGGGAGCCUGGCGUUGGCUGUUCCACCUGCAGCUCGCCCUGUUUGUCAACUCGCUCAUGCUCAUUGGCUCCGUCUACAUCUGGCGUAGCACAGUCGGCAACCUGAGCCAUUCCCCAGCCUCGGAGUCGGCCUGUUUUCAGCUUUGGAAGGUGGCUGUUGUGACGUUUCUGGCCCUGGCCCAUUCCAGUUUCUUCACCAUGAUCUUUUUAGUGGCCGAGGAGCCCUACCUCUUCUCCCUGGCUGCCUACUCCUGCCUCGGGGCCUACGUCAUCAUGCUCUUCUUCCUCUGCACCCUCAGCGGCAUGGAGCAGGCCUACCAGCUCUUGGCCUGGCGCAGUGGGCGGGUCGUGGGCAGCCUUGACAAGACGAGGAAGCUGGCCCUCCGGCCGGCCCUGGCGGUGGUGGUGACCGCUGUGCUCAGCAUAGCCGGGCUUCUGAACGCCGCCCAGCCCCCGCUGGUAAAAACCGUGGCGGUGCCCAUUCAUCAGCUGCCCCCCUCCAUGGACAACCUCAAGAUUGUGCUCCUCUCAGACAUUCACUUGGGCCCCACCGUGGGCAGGACCAAAAUGGAGAUGUUUGUAGGGAUGGUGAACAAGCUGGAACCGGAUGUCACGGUGAUCGUGGGUGACCUCUUCGAUUCAGAAGCCUCCAUCCUCCGGACCGCCGUCGCUCCUUUGGGCCAGCUUCAUUCACGCCUCGGUACCUACUUUGUCACAGGGAAUCACGAAUACUACACCUCAGACGUCAGCAACUGGUUCGCACUGCUGGAGUCCCUGAAUGUCAAGCCCCUUCACAAUGAGAACGUGAGGAUUUCCGCCACAGGGGCCCAGCGUGCUGGCGGUGAGGGUGACGACUGGAUCUGCUUGGCUGGGGUGGAUGACAUUGAAGCGGAUAUCCUGCACUACUCUGGCCACGGCAUGGAUCUCGAGAAGGCGCUAGGGGGCUGCCGCCCAGACCACGCUACCAUCUUGCUAGCUCACCAGCCCCUGGCUGCCAAGAGAGCCCUUCAGACUCGGCCAGAUAUUAACCUGAUCCUUUCUGGGCACACGCAUGCUGGGCAAAUCUUCCCCUUGAAUGUGGCGGCCUAUCUCCUGAACCCCUUCUUUGCUGGUCUCUACCAAGUGGCCCAAACCACAUUUGUGUAUGUCAGCCCAGGCACGGCCUACUACGGGAUCCCCAUGAGAUUGGGUAGCAAGGCAGAGAUUACAGAGCUCAUCCUGCAGCGGGCUCUCUGAACCGGGCCCUGCCCCGAGGCCUCUUCAUCGCCCUUGCCCUCCAUCCUCCGUCCCUCUUCAGAGCAGGUUGCCUGUGUUACGCCCUCCCGCCUCGCCUGCCCAGCCCCACCCACACAUGCUUGUCACAAGCCUCUCCUGAGCACUGAUUUGUGAUGGGGCUGCCUGGCAGGUUAACUCUGUAGAUGACCAGUUGCGUUUUGAUAUGCAUCUGUGAGGCCACUAAAGUCACAUGCGUACGAACAGGCACCUGUUUUCCAGAUGACGUGGAGUAAACCCUCCCUCUUUGCAGAGCUAGGAAUACACCGAAACGUGGGGUUGCGAGGAAGGGAUACCUCUAGAAAGCAGAGUAGGGGAGGAGCUCUGAGUGCUUUUUAAACCCUCUGUAGGACUGAGGCAGUUUCCAGGAUCACUGAUGUCGAGCUUUCUGGGCAAGAGGUAUGUUGCUAGGUGAUCUGGGAGAGCAGGCAAGACAGAGGCCCCUCUGGCUGCUGAAGACAAAGAAUUUCUUUCCCCCCUUGGUUCUGUUGAGGGAAUCGGCAAAGCCUGCUGGAACACAGAGCUCAUCCUAUUCCAGACCCUGAGUGAUGCUGUUUUACUGCCUGUGCUCCUGGGCUUUGGGGAUUGGGAGUGGGGUGGGAAGAAACAGCACCGUGGUAGGUGAUGGUCAUAGUGCCGCAUGGGAAUUCAGAGAGUGUCUGCCUCCUUCUAUACAAUAAUUGGAUGAGGUGAUUAAGAACAGGCUACUUUUCCCUGUCUGGAGAUGAGGAAACUGGGGCAAAGAGCUGUUUUCAGGGCAUUAGUGACAUGACACGUCAUGUAGGAGAUUCUGGGCUAGAAGUCACAGCUUCUGUUUCCCAAGAAAAGUGUUCUUUCCACUGUCUGGUGGCCAGUAGCUGUAUCUGAUUCCAAAAGUUACCAGAUUUAAGAGAACAAAAAAAGGGCCUAGACCCUGCUGUUCUUUCAAAGUGGUUUGCUUGAGGCUGAUUUCUGUGCACCUGUAACUACAUGGGCCAGGGCCUGGAGGGGAGUGAGCUGGUUUCCCUGUGGGGGUCUGUUAACA